AUGAGUGAUUCGUCUGAUUAUAAAAUCAAGAAGACCAGAAACAGGGUUCCAAAAUCUUGCGAAAAUUGUAGGAAAAAAAAACUGAAAUGUGAUAGAGAAAAUCCAUGUUCGAAUUGUGUGAAAAGUCGAUCAGCAGUGUCUUGCAAAUAUGCCACUAUCCAAUCCACUUUACCAAAAGUGAACCUCAGCAAUGAAAUUAUAAGACUUAAAUUGCAAGUGAAUAAGCUAGAGAGGAUUCUGAAAAUAAAUAAUAUUGACCUCUCUCUAUAUGAGAAUGUGUUUCCAAGUUUAAGCAAGGAAGAUUCCGAUGAAAGUGUUCAGGAGGAAAUGAUUUCACUAACUGAAAAGUUUGACACAAUGUUAAUAAAAGAAAACAAAAUUAUGCAUUCAGGAACUACAUCAUAUUUAGCCUUUAUAAACAGUGACAAGUAUAUCUCUCCAUUGUUUGAAAUUUCAGCAAAAAAAUAUAAGAAGCUAUAUGAGGACUUUCAAAAGAAGCAAAGAACAAAAGCGUCUGAGUACAAACAAGAAAUCCUAAGUGGAAACUACCUUUCUCUGUUGUCUACCUCCACGGAUGAAAUAUGUGAACUACAUACGAAAUCAGAUCCUGCGAGUUCAAUGCAAAUAAAAUUGAUUUUUGAAAUUAUUGAAGAUAUAAAUAAAAUGCUUCCUCCACUUGAUGUUGUGAAUUCAUUAAUUGAUCGUUUCUUCUUAUAUGUCUAUCCGUUCUUACCUUUUAUUAACGAAGAGAUAUUUAGAGAAGAAAUUAGUUAUGUCAUUAUUCCCUUUGACGACGGAAGUUGCAAGCUCGGAAUAACACAUUUACAAAAUGCAUCAAUUAUUAGCUUACUGUUAAUAGUAUUAAGAUUUGCUUUUUUGACCGAAAAUAAUAAGGAAGACUCGGAUAAUAAUAAGAACACUUUGGAUCUGUUGGUUGAUUUUAAGUACGUAAUUGGUUCCUGUUAUGUAUCAGCAGCCAAAAACUUGUUAAUGUCACUACCCAGUGACGAUAACAUUUUCAGGACAAUCACACUUAGAAAUAUUCAGGUGUUAUUGUACUUAAGAUUAUAUCAGUUAUACUCACCAGAGAUGCAUGAGGAUAACAGGGAGAAUAUUUUUUCCUUAGCCAUGUUAAUACAAAUGUGUAGGUCUUUUGGUGCAAAUAGAGACCCGUCAAAGUUUCCUUCCGUUUUUACUGACUCAAGAGGUAACAAUAUUUGGAGGAGGAUUUUUUACAAAUUAAUCGCAUUGGAUGUUGAUAAUUCAUAUGAACAUGGAUGCCCUCUUAUUAUAUCCGAUAAUGAGUUCGAUGUGAGGUUGCCAUCUCUUACUGAUCAUGAAUUAAGUGUAUUGCGAAAUUAUGCAAAAGUGAAAACCGGAUCCAAAUCACCGGAUGAAAUCAAACAUUUAGUUAUAGAACAUGCAAUCAACAAAGAGGUUGCUCUGGAGUAUGAGGUUUCAAAACUCACGAGGGAAGGUUUAAAUGCCUUUCAGAAUUUUAACAAACCAACUACCAAAGGCAAGAUGAUCGAAAUUGUUAGGAAAAUGCAGAAUUUUGUGGAUAAUAGAAUUCCAAGUUUCUGGGAAAUGUUGCAGGACAAUAUGGAAUUACAAAAUUUGGAGGAAACUUUCAAAGUUCCUAAAAUUAGAAAGUUUGAAAUAAGAUUUAUGCUACAGACGUACCUUAAUGGAUUUCAUUAUCUUCUCUUUUUAAAUGAAAAUAAAAACAAUGGUAACGAUUCUGAUUAUAAUACGGUAAACUCCGGCAGUGCCAACAGUGAUGAUGGAUAUUCCAACUCCAAUGAUAAUGUAAACGAAACUUAUUAUUCAAACGGACCUGAUGAACUUAGCGCUCGUGCAGCGGAAACUUCGUUGACCAUCUUAAAGAUCAACCAUGAUUACUGUCAUUACAUGACCCAUCUUGAUGACGCUGAGAAUAAAACAAAACAACAUCAAGCAAUCAAAUCAUUUUCUGCAAACUGUGAUGUUUUCCUCCUCAAUCGAAUACAGACAUCAUUUAUUAGACCAUUUCUUUUCUUAUCAUCCAGUUUCUUGAAGUUCAUUGGAGACGGGCAUUGCAGAAUUAGUUCAGUUAUUGGCAAAUUUUCUAACACCAUCGAUGCUACAGUCAUUUUAAAGUGGCUUAAUGUGAAUAUUGAAUUUGAAACUUCUCCAGGAGAAUCAGAAUUUUCACUGUUGCUUUUCCAGUAUAUCAAAAAUAUAUUCUUUUACAAUCAUAUGUUGAGAAAUGAUUACUAUGCAUCUUGGAAAAUUUCAGUCUAUAUCAAGAUUUUCAUAAACUAUUUUAAUGAGUAUCACAAAGAAAAAUGCCAAAAUUACUUGCAACCUCAAUUUGUUUCAGCUCUUCACAAAACUUCGCCGGAAUAUAGCCCGAUAAAAUCCGGAGAUUCCAGCAAUAACUUUGCUGAAAAUGAAGGAUAUUAUUCAAAUUCUGCCAAUACAGACGAAUUAACAUCGAAUAUGUCAGAAGGAUCCAAAGACAAGGAUUUUGCGUUUAUGAAUGAAUUUAUGGAUACUGCUGUACCUGAAGAACAAGAUAUAAAUUUUGAGAAUGCAAGUGCCAACUUAGAUUCUCUAAUAUUUGAUAAUUUUGACAAGAUGGUAGACGACAUUAUGAAUGAUUCCAUAAAUAGAAAUAGUUUAAUAAUGAAUGACUCUAUGUUUGGCCAUAAAGAUUUGCGAGGGGUUUCAUAUGGUAAGCAAGAAAUCAACACUAAUUCCUCGGCAGGUUUCGGUCAUCAUAUAAAACGAGAGGAAGAUAAAGGCAAAGAGCAAUUCCUUCAAGCUGUACACUCUGAUCAUGGCGUGAGACAUACUCAUCAGGAAGGCUCUAAACUUUUUACUCCACAGACUAACUUAUUUCCAAGAUUAUCAAGCAACGAAGCUAAAGAUACGCUAGAUCCAAAUUCUGGCUCUACAUUCAACGAAAUGAUGUCUCAAUUCCUCAGUAAUUCAUCUGUGUAA